CUCUAUCGCCUCUUCAUGGCUCGUAAUUUUGAACAGACAGGGAAUGCAGUUGAGUCAGACCAGACUAGCAGUAUUUUUAAUCUCGUUAUAUCCAACCUGUAAACGGAUAGCAAGUAUUGGAUUUUUGUUCUUCACCAAUGGAUGUAUUAACGAUGUUUCGUGUCUGAUGAUUUGGAGGAGAGCUAAAGGUUUUUGCAUUAGCCAUGAAUACCCAUAUUGUUACUCCAGGACCUUACAGAGCCACGAAAUUGUGGAAUGAGGUCACCCGUUUGUUCCGGUCGGGCAUGCCCAUCCGCAAACACCGCCAGAACUUUCGGGUUCACUCGGCCUGCUUCAUGGCCACAGCCGCCGUGGAUUGGCUGCAUCAGUUGCUGUGCAGCAACAGCAACUUUGGGCCCGAUGUCACCAGGCAGCAGACUGUUCAGCUGCUCAAGAAGUUCCUGAAGAAUCAUGUCAUUGAGGACGUGAAGGGCCGCUGGGGCUCGGAAGACCUGGAGGACAACGGCUCUCUUUACAGGUUUCCCUCAACCUCCCCACUGAAGCCCAUUCCUUCUCCGGCUCCCAAGCAGACCUCAACGCCAGGCUCCAGCCUCAAAAGGAGCCUUUCUCUCCGAGACAAGGAGGGACUGUUCAGGUUCCGCAGCACCAAGAAGCUGAGCAAGGAGACCCAGGAGAAUGUCGACCCUGCCCUCCAGGCAAAGGCAGAAGUUGAAAAUCAGCCAAUAGGAGAGCAGCAGGCUCACAAACAAGAAUUUACGGAGGAGGAGGAGCAUGAAAUCUGGAAGGAAAUUGCCCUCACCCACCUCCAGAAGAUUCUGGGGAUCGCUUCUCUUGAUGAGGUGUUGGAUCGACGCAACGUGAAUCCGCAGAACAUCAUCCACAACAUGACCAAAGUCAACAAACAUGGAGUCGUUACGUUGGAUGAUAAGUCCAAUGACCUACCCCACUGGGUGCUAUCUGCCAUGAAGAGCCUUGCCAACUGGCCCAAGUACGACAGUGUCCAGCCGUCCUAUCCAGGCUUUGAGAGGGAUGUCUUUAAGACCGUGUCAGACUAUUUCUACAGCCUCGCGCAGCCUCUUCUUACCUUCCAGCUCUAUGAGCUCUUCAUCAACGUCCUUGUGCUGUGUGGGUAUGUUGUAGCAGCCCCACGGCCUCAGCGGGCGAAGGGCCAAAUGCCAUACCCGCCUUGCUUCCCCCCUUCCACCAAGACAUCGUUCUGCUCCACCGAGUGCCUCCUCCUGUCGCUGAUCAGACAGGGCUCGUGCGACGAGGCAGACUCCCCGAUGAAGGAGGUCUUCAGCUCUGUGGUGCAGUCACAGCUGCCCUCGUUUAAAGGAGUCGAGGUGUACCGUCAGCCCAGUGGCUGCGAUGUCGGUGGCGGCACCGGCCAAUUAGGGGGGAGACGCUCGAGCCUCAGCCAGUCGCGUAGCUCGGUCGGCCCGGCUAGGCCGCGACCUCGAAGUUGCUCCAUGGAGAACGUCUUGGAAGACUCUACCCCUUUAACCCAGCAGCUCUUUCUGUCCAAUGAGUGCCUGUCAGGGAGCACCUAUGGCGACCUCCACCACGCAAAACAUUCCAAGUCAAACUCCAAGCACAGCGAUACAGUUGAGCCCAUCGCCACGGCAAUGCUCAGCGACAGGAAUGCCGACUCUGCAGGCAGAAAGAGGCUCUCUUUGGGUUCCCUGCCUGGGCUGGCGGGCAUGCGGAGGACCCGCCUGACCCGGCCCUUUAGCACGGGCAGCUGUCUUGACAUCGUUCUGGAGUCCCGGGAGGAGGUCUCCAAGGAGACCAUGGGGCGGAGUCGAGCAGCCAGCUGCCUGGACGUCAGCACGCCUGCACGACGGACACGCUCCACCUCGACAGUGUCCACCCGUCCUUCCUCCUCUGGCGGGCAGCCUUGCUCGUCUUGGUCUUCGUCCGAGGCAGCACAACGGCAUGUCCCAUCCACCACAAGACCCCAGGGGUCCAGCACCUCCUCCUCCACUAUCUCCAGUAGCCUGUGGUCGCUCCAUGGUGGCGCUAGUGCUGGCUGUGGUCCCACCAUUGCACGCCGCUGCCACAGCUCCCUGGACCUCUCUGGGCUGUCUCAACCCCCCCUGCCUAACGCUGAAAACAGCCUGCUCCAGUCCAAUUGUGAGCGGGUGGCCAUCGAGGCCUUGCAGUUGUGCACCCUUCUCCUGCCGCCGGCCUCGCGCAGGAAGCUGCAGCUCCUCAUGCGGAUGAUGUCCCGCAUCAGUCAUAACGUGGACAUGCCCCGACUGCACCACGCCAUCGGAGCACGCACCCUGAUGGUGCACACCUUCUCAGGCUGCGUCCUGGGCAGUGCCGUGGAGUGUGAGCUAGAUGAGUUGCUGGCCACCAGACUGGUGUCCUUCCUCAUGGACCACCAGCACACCAUCCUCUCCGUACCGGAGUACCUGCUGACCGCUGUCACGGACCAUGUGCAGUAUCUGCGCAGCGCACAGCUCGGCCCGGCGUCCCGUGGCGCCCAGGGCGUGGACAUGGCCAGUGCUCCCAUGCUCCUGCACGCAUUCUGCCGGCAGAUUAGCAGCGUUGAGUUUGAGGAGCAGCGCGUGGCCGCGUCCCAUAAGGCCAUGGAGGACCUGCUGGAGAUCCUACUGACCGACCGCAGCAUCACAGACAAGGACCGGCAGAAAAGGCUCAAGCAGUUCCGGAAGCAGUACCCGGACAUCUACAGCCGCCGGAUCCCCGCAUCCGACCGGGAAGAAAAGAAACCAAAGAUCAAGCCACCGCUGCUCACCAUCAGAAAGACCAAAGCCUUCAGCAUCCGCAACUGAAGAAAAUCACCAAAAAGCCACAUUGCAUUUACCCAAGAUUACUGUUGUUUCUGAAAUGUACGUUUUGCUGUUUUUGAUAGCGAUUUUUCAGAGAUCCUAGUCUGUUGUAUCGAUUUGGUUUACCCGUAGACAAUAGAAAGACGAUGUUUGCGCUUUCCAGAGCUUUUAUCUUUCAUAGGAAGCUAGGUGUGAAUGAAGGCGGACAGACAGGCUCGUAGCCUCAGAAAGUGACUAAUGUCACAUCAUGUUAUCUGUGAUGGGUUCCAGAAUGUGCUAAAGAAGUAACCCCUGUCCCCGUCUGUGAAUGAAUGGUCAUACUUGAGUUACGUAUUCAGGCUUGGCUUCAUCAUUAUAUUUUGGGUGUGCGUGCUUAUUUAUGUGUUUACAAAUGGAGGGACGGAGAAUAUUUGUAACUAUGGAUUCUGAUUUGUUUUAAUUUAUAUCAUUUAUGUUGAGGAAAUCUUGGCUACAAGACCUUUCUUGUGCUAUUCAUGUUGAUUAUUCUAUUUGAUAGGAGGGUUUUUCAAAUGUAGUUUUCCUUUCGUUGUUUAGACUUGGUUUUCUUUUUUGUUUCAAUUUCAAUUAUCUCUAUUUUUUUCUUACUCCGUACUCAAAAUGUGUGCUGCAUUUGGGCUUGUCUUUGAGAGAGAGGGCAUCGGACUGGCAUCAGGAUUUACAUGUGACUAAUGAACAACAUUUAUUUUAAGGGACAUUUUUUGUAAUUGUUAUUUUCAAUUUCCUGGGCUACUGGACAGUUUACCUGCAUUAUGUGAAGGUAUUAUAAACCAGGGUAUGGCAAUGCCAUUAAUGUUGCAAUUUGAUAUUGACUGAACUGUUCUUGUAUUACUAUAUUAUGAGUCCCCGUCUACACUCCAUUAAACUGGUUGCAAUGGUACCCUUUUGAACCUGGGUUUCUGAAUAAAUUAGAUUUCAUGUAGUCUAAAAUAGCAAUAUAUAAAGUAUUUAUGAUGUUCAAUUUUCUUUUUCCAAUUUAUAAUGUUUUUAUGCACAUGUGAGGGUUUCAUUUUAAGGGAUCUGUUUGUUGAGGUUUGUGACAGAUUCCUAUAGAUGCUUACCGUUUACUAUUCAAAGUUUUUAUAAAGCUAACCUUUAUUCAUUCA